AUGGCUUUGAACAACAAUGAAGGAGCCUCUUCGUCUUCUUCUUCUUCUUCUUCUCGUCCCUGGUGGAAAUACGAUGUUUUUGUUAGUUUCAGAGGAGAAGACACUCGAAAGAACUUCACUGAUCAUUUAUGCAGAGCUUUGGACGAAAAGGGUAUGAUCGUUUUUAGAGAUGAUGACAAGCUUGAGAGAGGCAAACCCAUUUCGCCAGAGCUCGUUAAAGCCAUUGAAGAAUCAAGAUUUCCGUGUUGUUUUUUCGAGAAACUAUGCGACGUCGUCCUGGGGCAGCUUUGGGGAGGCCUUCAUAAGCAUGAAGAAGCUAAUUUUGGAGCUGAGAAGUUGCAGAAAUGGAGAGAUGCUUUGACUGAUGUGGCUAAUUUAUCUGGUUGGCAUUUGCAGGACAGGCAUGAGCAACAUUAUCCAGAGAUUGUUGAAGAUAUAAGGACUAAGUUGAGGCACUCAUUCUCAUAUGUUGCUAAGGGCUUGGUUGGAAUAGAUUCACGUUUGCAAGAAUGA